UGAGAAAUGAAGAAGCAACUGAACAAAGAAAGUAAGCAUGGAGGAAAACUAACGGGGAAUCAUGCUCUCGUAUUAAGCUAGAAAUAUUACUGAAUAUAGAGAUUCUUGAAAGUCCUCGUAUUGGUGUCUUCUAAUAAAGACUAAGAGAAAUGGGUACGAUUGGUAUGAAGAAUCUCCAGAUUUCACCCAGUGAUUCGCAUCCAGGGAAGGAUCAACAAGCGGCAGGAGUUGGUAUACUCCUUCAGAUCAUGAUGCUUGUUCUUUCCUUCAUCCUUGGUCACGUUCUUCGCCGUUAUAAAUUCUAUUAUCUGCCCGAAGCCAGUGCUUCUCUUCUAAUUGGUCUAAUUGUAGGUGGACUCGCUAACAUUUCGAAUACAGAAACAAGCAUCAGGGCCUGGUUUAAUUUCCAUGAGGAGUUUUUCAUCCUGUUUCUGCUCCCUCCUAUUAUAUUUGAGUCGGGGUUCAGUUUAGCACCUAAACCUUUCUUUUCUAAUUUUGGUGCCAUUGUCACAUUUGCUAUAUUAGGAACUUUUAUAGCUUCAAUGGUUACAGGUGUUCUGGUUUACCUCGGUGGUCUAACGUACCUCAUGUACAGACUUCCUUUUGUUGAGUGUCUGAUGUUUGGUGCUCUAAUAUCAGCAACAGAUCCUGUCACUGUUUUAUCCAUAUUCCAGGAACUUGGCACAGAUAUGAACCUUUAUGCUUUGGUGUUUGGAGAAUCUGUCUUGAAUGAUGCAAUGGCCAUAUCCUUGUAUAGGACAAUGACCUUGGUGAAAAGUCGUGCGUCAUCUGGAUCAAAUUUCUUCAUGUUGAUUCUCAGAUUUCUUGAGACAUUUGUCGGUUCAAUGUCUGCUGGUGUGGGAGUUGGAUUUACUUCUGCAUUGCUUUUCAAGUAUGCUGGUUUGGAUAUUGACAACCUUCAAAACUUGGAGUGUUGCCUUUUUGUCCUUUUUCCAUAUUUCUCAUACAUGCUUGCUGAAGGUCUUGGCCUCUCUGGUAUUGUCUCGAUAUUGUUCACAGGAAUAGUCAUGAAGCAUUAUACCUAUUCAAAUUUGUCAGAAAAUUCUCAGCGAUUUGUUUCUGCAUUUUUUCACCUAAUAUCAUCACUAGCUGAAACAUUUGUAUUUAUAUACAUGGGGUUUGAUAUUGCAAUGGAACAACAUAGCUGGUCCCAUGUUGGAUUCAUCUUUUUCUCAAUUUUAUUCAUUGGAGUCGCAAGGGCAGCAAAUGUCUUUUCUUGUGCAUAUUUGGUCAAUUUGGUUCGACCUUCACAUCACAAAAUACCUAUGAACCAUCAGAAAGCACUUUGGUACAGUGGACUUCGAGGGGCUAUGGCUUUUGCCCUUGCUUUGCAGUCAAUUCAUGAUCUUCCGGAAGGACAUGGCCAAACCAUAUUUACUGCAACCACUGCUAUAGUAGUACUGACGGUGUUGUUAAUCGGGGGUUCAACUGGCACCAUGCUGGAAGCCUUACAAGUUGUUGGAGAUGGUCAUGAUGGCCCUAUAGGAGAAAGUUUCGAGGGGAAUCAUGGUUAUCUUGUUGCCUCAUGUGAUGAGGAUGAUGACACAUCAGGAAACAGGCUCAAAAUGAAACUUAAAGAAUUCCACAGGAGUGCAGGAUCAUUCUCGGCAUUAGACAGGAAUUACCUCACCCCUUUCUUCACUAGUCAUAAUGGAGAUGAAGAUCAUGAUGAUGAUGCUACACCCAGUUCAAGAAUUGGGGGCUUCCAUGGCCAUCUCUAAUAUUCAGCGACUGUUCGAGUAACAUAUACAACAACAUAUUGAAUCAGAUUUGUAAAGAAUAUACUGAUGACUGGCAGAAAGUUUGCAUAGUCAGUUAAAAACUUACCUGCCUGCUGAAAUAUAGAUUAUAAAUUUGUAGAUGGCAUACCAAUUAGAUAUUAUCUGAGCGGUUACACAUAUAAGAGAAUUCUCAGUGCAUCUGUUGCAAAUUUUUAUAGUUGCACUGUUUUCUACUCGAUUCUGCAGCAUGUAGCAAGUUAGUUGAUUUAAUGCAUUUUAACUUCCUACUACUAA